GUACGUGUGUACUGCACCAGCGCUGAUAAUCAAGCGUACAUACUGAUAGCGAGGGCGAGCGUUGUUCGUCGCAGUGAAUGUCAAACGCACGGAGAAGGCCGUUGCCUUGUAGGUCUCUCCAGCUAGACGCUAGAAUUGUGCCAACCUGUAAAUCGUGAAGAAUCCCAGUGCCAUUCGUGUCCUCCGUUCUCCGUUUGUCCGGUUCCGGUGGACCGAUCGAGAGCAGCGCCAUGGAAGGCAUUCUGGUGUUUGACCAAACGAACGAUCUCAUCUACCACAACUUCAAUGAGGCGAUGCGAGAAAAGAUGCACAAGCAGGCGCUGGAUUUGGGUCUGCUGGAGGAGGAAACGGUGUGUCCCACGCAGGAUCUCAACUCGAACGUCCUGAUACAGAUCUUCAGCCCGUUGCUGGCCUCGCAGCGGAUCAUGAUGUGCCAGUUCGAUAAUGCGUACACCUCCAUCCAGAUGGAGAACAAUCUCAACGUUGUCUUCGAUGAGUUUUUAGGUUAUGUGUUCCUGGAGAUCAGUACGAAGGAAAUCGAUCUCAUCAAGCGCGAACUGGGGGCGUUCAUAGCUUUCAUCAAGUACAUCUGUGGACCGAACAUCUUCAUCAUAAAAAAUGACGCCAACAAGAGCGCCACCUUGACCGAGCUGAUCGAUACGUACCGCGAGCUGUAUGCCACCAACCAGGGUAUCCUGAUGGAGGCAAUCGAACAGAUGCUGGUAAACGUGGACGUAAAAAGCACGGUGGUGGCGUCCCUGCAGGCCGCGACCGAUCGUCUCAAGCAGGACCCUCACUCCCAGCGUAGCCACUCGAUCCUGUUCGUCGGAAGCAAGUUUCUGGCGCUUUACAGUAGCAGGCAGGCCCAGGAACUGGCCGCCGUUGAUCUACUGUUUCUUAAUCUGCUCUGCCAAUCCGUCAACAGUCGUCCACAGAGACGUCGUAUCGAAUCCCAGAUCGUUUUCCUUCAGGGCAGCAUCCAUCAGUCGCAUGCCGGCUGUGUACCGCACAUUGUCCACGUUGUACAGCUGUUUGAGCACGUUUCGCUCGUGCUGCUGAUCGAGCAUGCCCAUACGGCCCUCGCUAGCCACCUGUACGAUGUUUACUUUGCGCUGCACAAGCUACAGAACCUACAGCUGCAGUUCGAUCUGGACAAUCUGCGGGGAGGAUUUGAUGCGCUCGAUACGUUCGUUAAGCAUACGAGUGAGGCACUGCGAAAGGUGAAAUCGAACGUCGUCGAAGUGGAUGAAGCGACGCGUAGUUUUACGAGCAAGUGGGAAAAUCUGCGGCGAAAGUACACGGACUACUUCCGGACGUCCGACAAUGGGUUGAUCGUGAAGAUCGACUCCAAUAUGCCACUGUUCGUGGAGUCAGUGAAGGAGCUGUUCCGGUUGCUGUGUGCCAGCUGCCCGACGCUCGAGCAUGGACUGCAGCGCGUCACUGGUAUCGCGGAUAUGGCCGAGGAUAGCCUGAGCGAAGUGUUCCAUCUGCUGCAAACCAAAACGCAUCGCAACUUUACCAUGGGAUCGUAUAUGGAAGAGUUCCCGGGGAUGGUCCACUUUAUGCAUAUCGACCGGUACAAUGGAAGGAUCGUGUCACCAUCGCUUGACGUACAGGAUCCGUCCGACAUACUGAAGCAGAGGGUUUGGUCAAUGGUAGACUUUGCACGGACCUAUCUGGACAAGGGGUACAUGUCGAUGAUCUGGAAGGACGUCACGUUCAGCUACGCGUACUUUCUCUGGUUCGAGGACGAGCACGGUACGGCGCUGAAACCGAACGAACCACCGAACCAUCACGGUGCGCCCGGUUUGCCAGCCACCAAACCGUCACUGAUGGCGGGCAUCUUGGCCGGUGAUUACUACCAUCGGCUGAUAGAGACAUGCUUUCCCCGGAGCUCAUCGGGUAAGAUCCGGUGUUACGAACUGUUUCUGGUGCAUCUUGGGCUCGUGACGUCGACGAUCGUGCUGGAGCACUGCCGCCGGUUAGCCGUUACCAUUACCGAUCUAACCGGGUGCAUCGGGAAUCCGAUUGAUCUGCUCUAAAACAGCCACCACCUUCAUCAACAUCAACACCACCUUCUACCCACUAGUCGCCACUCUGGUUUCUUAUUGUCGAUAGCUAGCGUAGUAGUAGCAGUAGUAGUAGUCUUCGUCGUUGUGAUAUGACCCUUUUCGUUUGCGUAAUCAUUCGCCCCAUCAUGGUGUGGUCGUCUUCGGCAAACAUCGUACAUUAGAUCACCACCGAAUCAUCGUCUCCGCGGCCAGCGGCCAUACACUCAACUAACUAUCUCACAUAUAAACAUUCCUUAUCGUGACCAGGGCACAAUGCCGUAGGUUCUUAGUUCGUUUACUAGUAGUGACUAGUAGUCAUUUGCCUAGUAAAAAUCAAAUACACCGAAUUCAUGUUGUAUACUAACAA